AUGCCUCCCCACCGCCACCACCGCAUCCUCCUCAUACCAUACCCUGUACAAGGCCACAUAAACCCUGCCUUCGAAUUCGCAAAACGACUCAUCACUUUAGGUGCACAUGUCACUAUCUCUACCACCCUACACAUGCACAACCGUAUCACCAGCAAACCCACCCUCCCUAACCUCUCUUAUCUUCCUUUCUCCGACGGCUUCGACGAUGGCUUUAAAGGAAAAGGCAAAGAAGCUUACUUACUCUAUACGGCAGAGUUCAAACGCCGCGGCUCUGAGUUUGUUGCAAAUACCAUACUCUCUUACUCACAACAAGGUACCCCCUUCACUUGCUUAGUUCACUCCCUUCUCCUUCAGUGGGCCGCACAAGCCGCGCGUGAGCUUCACCUCCCGACGGCUUUGCUCUGGGUUCAACCAGCCACCGUUUUCGAUAUCUUUUAUUACUAUUAUCACGGCUUCUCUGAUUCCAUCAAAAAACCUUCAUGCUCCAUUGAAUUGCCAGGGUUACCACUAUUGCUUUCAUCACGUGAUUUACCUGGGUUUCUAUUGGAGCCAUGUCCAACUCCAAGUGCUAAUUAUGCUCUAAUGGUUUCACUCUUUGAGCAACAGUUCAACGACCUUGAUGUUGAAACAAACCCUACGGCAAUACUUAUUAACUCGUUUGAAGCAUUGGAACCAGAGGCGUUGAGAGCCGUUGAAAAACUAAACAUGAUUUCCAUCGGACCGUUGAUUCCUUCUGCGUUUUUGGAUGAGAGAGAUCCAACGGAUGGUAAUGAUACUUCAUUUGGAGGUCAUGCACAGGCUCACAUCUUCCAACUUUCAAAUGGUUGUGUUGAAUGGUUGGACUCUAAGACAGAGAAGUCGGUUGUUUAUGUUUCGUUUGGUAGUCAUUGUGUGGUAUCAAAGAUACAAAUGGAGGAAAUUGCACGUGCUUUGUUGGAUUGUGGAUUUCCAUUCUUGUGGGUUAUUAGGGAGGCGAAAGAGGGAGAGAAGGAGGAAGAUUUGAGUUGUAGAGAGGAGUUGGAAGAGAAAGGGAAGAUAGUGAAAUGGUGUUCACAAGUGGAGAUUCUUUCACAUCCUUCGUUGGGUUGUUUUUUGACUCACUGUGGUUGGAAUUCGACUUUGGAAAGCUUGGUGUCAGGGGUUCCUAUGGUGGCGUUUCCUCAGUGGGCAGAUCAGACGACAAAUGCAAAGUUGAUAGAAGAUGUGUGGAAGAUAGGAGUGAGAGUGGAUCAUGAAUUGAAGGAGGAUGGAAUUGUAGGAGGGGAUGAAAUUAGGAGGUGUUUGGGAGAGGUGAUGGGAAGUGGAGAGAAAGGAGAGGAAGUAAGGAGGAAUGCAGAGAAAUGGAAGGGUUUGGCCAGAGAGGCAGUGAUGGAAGGCGGCUCUUCAGAUAAGAAUCUGAGGGCUUUUUUGGAUCGUAUUGCUGAAUCAUGA